AUGACAUCCGGUCACCGUCGUACGAAUAAUCCAGGACACGAAGCUGAUAAUGAAGAUUUACCGUCUGUUCCCAGCAAGCGCCGGCGGACAACCCCGGCGACAUUCAAUACCAAGCCAAAACCUAAUACCUCUAGGAAACAAUACAAAGACCAUCGUCAGCGGGCUUCCACAGCCGAGCCGGCUCCAGCGCUACCUCUUCGCCGGUCUCGUCGACGUGCCGAGAAAGACUUCAAAGUUGCUGAUCUUAUUGAUAUUCUGAACUUAGCUGAACAAGGCAAAGCGAAAAUCAGUGGUGACGCAAGCGCUUCAGAGUCAGCAAAUCGCACCAAGAAUAUGGUCUACGCUCACGGCGAAGAAAUCACUCAUCGUGUUACCCCCUUGAGUGACGCAUCAGUGAUCGCUGUAGAGUCUGAGUCCAGUCUCGUUGCAUUCAAUGAAACAGCCGAUCUGACACCGCCGCAACCUGAAGAGACUCCAACAGAAAUCUGCACAGAACGGUCAGACGAGAAGACUCCCAUUGGGAGGAGCCAGCCCGAACAAGAAGCCCCCAUUGACUUUCCAUUGACCGAAGACAUCAUGGAAGCUCCACCUGCACUCCCUCUGCCAUUUCCGGCCCUUCCAAGUGUCGCAGAGGGGUUGGAUGGCCAGGUUCAGGACGACAGUAUUGACCAGACCUUGGAUUGGGCAGCACUGUGUUUGCCUGACCCAGGCCUUUCAGAUAAAAAAGAACCGGAUCCGAUCAAUCUUCCGCAAGCUUCCAUAGUUUAUGCAGCCAACACGGCCCGACAGGAAUAUCGCAGGCACCUUGUCGAAGCAUACAAGUAUUACAAUAGGAUUCUGGCAGCUCAGCAUGCCCUUCAACGCCACCGGCAUUUUUUGUCCGCUCAAUCUGACAUCAAUAAGAAGAGAUCGUUAUCGAAGAUACCGAAGAAAAUUGCUACAGCUACAACAAAGGAGGUGAAAGAGCGUGCAAUGAAGAGACUGGCCCGGUGGCAACAAGAACAGGAAUUGCAUGCGUCUAUGGAGCGCUUGGGGAGUUUGUCGCUUGAGUAG